AUGGCGUUCGGCACAUUCGGAUCUCUCUUGGUUUCCCUCCUUUUGAGCACCUCGGUCCUUUCCGCGGAUGUUCCCGCCGCGGCUCUGGGUGACAAGAAGCCAUUUUCACCACCCGCUCGACGGUUCGCUGUUCAAUUUUCCCCCUCUGGCUCAGCCAAGUUCAGAAAGCGAGAUGGAAGCCCAGACACGGAAGGCUUCUUUCAGAGCCUUCAACUCACCAACAACACGGCCAAACCAGCUCUAAACUUCACCUCCGACAUCUUUCAUGGCGCCUCAUUUGACCUCCUCAACCACACUGCCAGCUCCCUACAGCAGAUUGAGACUCUUCCUGAGGUUGAGAAGUUAUGGCCUGUCUCAGUCGUGUCGGCGGUGAAGCCCAAUGCCUCCGACAUCAUGUCCGAGCCGCUUCCAAAAUGGAACCCUCACACGCUCACCAACGUUGACAAGGUCCACAAACCCGGUCAUCGCGGCGAGGGUGUUGUUGUCGCUAUUGUUGACACCGGAAUCGACUAUCUCCAUCCAAACCUCGGUGGUGGAUUCGGUGCGGGUUUCAAGGUCGAAGGCGGGUAUGACCUCGUUGGUGACAACUAUGAGAUCGGGAGCGAGUAUGUGCCGGAUGCUGAUCCCAUGGACUGCGCCGGCCACGGAACCCACGUUGCCGGCAUUGUUGCGAGCUCUCAUGAGGACUUGCCUGGCGUCGCACCCGAUGCCCGCUUAAGGAUCUACAAGGUCUUUGGAUGCGGUGGUAGUAGUAUGGAGGACGUAAUCGCCCAGGGCUUCAUUCAGGCCUACGAGGAGGGCGCCGAUAUCAUAUCCGCCUCUCUGGGAUCGAAUGCUGGCUUCCCCGAGAACAUCCUUGCUGUAGUUGCCUCCAACAUUCAAGCCAAGGGAACUUUUGUUACGGUUGCCGCUGGUAACAGUGGUGAGAUGGGGCCCUUCUACACUAGUAGCGCCGCGAAUGGCUUCGGUGUUACGGCCGUGGGCAGCGUCGAACAUACCCAGACGGCUGCCUUCACGGUAGUUGCCAGAUCGAGCAACAAUGAGACACGCGAGAUCCUCUAUGUCAGUUCCGACACUGCGCAAUGGACGCUCAACGGCACAGCACCCGCCCACUUUCUCAACCAGAAUUACACCGGACUUGACUCGUGCGAUAUCUGGGAGUUCCCCGAUGUUUCGUCAGAAAGUGUUCUCAUUCUGCCCCGAAGCACCUGCAUCUGUGAAUGCUGGCAAGUCCUCGACUCGAACCUCUUUGGAACGAGUGUGAAGUGGGUAUUCUACUACAACUUUGAGGAUGCUGCGUGGGAAAUUCCCAACCGAAGCGUCUACAACCCUGAAGAGCAACCCCUCGGAUUUGGGCUCAUCAGUCAAGAGGAUGGCAAGUGGCUUGUUCAGCAAAAUGAACGGGGUCGCAAGGUGGACUUUGAGUUUGUAGCCAACGGUGGCAAGGCAGUCGGCAUUCCCGGCGCCAACUCCGAGUCCAUCGCCGGUGCCAUUGACUACUUUUCGUCCUGGGGCUUGACAGUUGACGGCCGCCUGAAGCCCGAGAUCUCAGCUCCUGGCGGUUCCAUUCUCUCCACAUAUUUGACAUCCGAGGGAGGGUGGGCUGUUCUCUCUGGGACCAGCAUGGCCACUCCAUACAUUGCCGGCGUCGCCGCUCUCUACUUCUCAGCGAAUGGCGGCCGCUCCAACAUCGCCAAUAAUGCCGGCGACUCGGCUCACCACCUUAUCACCUCCAGUGGCAAGCCCGUCGCUCACCAUGAUGGAAGCGGCUCUUUAGCCCCCAUUCCCAUGCAAGAUGCCGGCAUCGUCGACGCCUUCAAGGUCAUAACCUACAAGACAUCCAUCACCCCCGCCGUCAUCAACCUCAACGACACCGACCACUUCCAAGGCACGCACGAAAUCAAGAUUGAGAACAGAGGAAAUGAGACAGUGACAUACAACAUUAUUCACGAAGCCGGUUCCACCAUCUCCACUAAGCCCGCUUCCGAUCCCGUGGUCGCGUUCCCUCCGGUGCCGUACUCCUCCAACGAGGGCGAACUGGCCACGGUGAAGUUCUCGGCGAUUGCACUUGAUAUAGCUCCUGGUACGACUGGAGUUUUGACGGUGACUUUCAUCGAACCUGCCGGUAUCGAUGCGAAGCUUUUCCCGAUCUAUGGCGGAUAUAUCAAUAUUAUUGGCUCUAACGACGAGUCUCUGCGGGUGGCCUACGCUGGUAUCAAGGGAAGCGUCUACGAUAGCAACAUCUGGGCCGACGGAUGGAUUGACCCUGUCAUUCAAACCCCCGACUUUGUGCUAAUUCAAGAGAAUGACACCUUCAAGAUGAUCAUCGAAGACACCUUUACUAUUGACUUUGAUAUUCUCUGGCCUACUCGCGAGUUCAGCUUCGAUCUCGUCGACCCCUCCUGGGAGCCCACAGACUGGUCGUAUCCCUUCGUCCCAGGCCAGAACAAAUACAUUGGCUCCCUUCAGCAUUACAACCUCAUCUCGGACGCCUACUUUGAUGCUCCCGUCCAACAGUACCCGCGUCUGCCGUCGAGUACGUGGUGGCCGAGCGGCAACUUCUCGCACGGCAGUGCGAUCGAGAGCGGCGAGUACAAGAUCCUGUCGAGAGCGCUCCGGACGUAUGGUGAUUACCACAACGUUAGCGACUGGCAAAUCAGGGUCUCUCCCAAGAUCAUCGUUGACAAGAAUAAGGCUUGA